CUAUAUAACCGUAAAUAAAAUGUGUUGAGUGCGUCGUUAAAUAAAACAUUUUCUUCCUUCUUCCUUCCCCAAGUAGUCUUUGAGGUGAUGUAAUUCUGACAUUUUUUUUUUUUUUUUUUUUUUUUAUUAUUAUUAUAGAGUAAGGAUCAUCGUGCUACUAAUUACAGCACUGCAUCAUGGGACAGCAUCAUGGAAAACACAAAAAAUACCUAUCGGGCUUCUCCGCCCAGUGUCAUUGAACUCAACCAAAUACCCACACUGCCCACAGAAACUGAAAGUGACCCCGCCGUCACAAAUGACGUCAGAAUAUCUUUGCAAAGGAGAGAGUUACCAUGCUUGCCGAUACCAGAAACAAAAUCCGUUCUGUAUCGCGCCCUCUACGACUUUGAUGUUCUCGGCAAUGACGAUUUGCCUUUCAAGAAAGGCGACAUAUUGGAAGUAGACCAAAGCAGCAAGCUCGAUGGCGAUUGGUGGAUAGCGACCAACAGAAGAUCCAGGAAGCAUGGCUAUAUCCCAAGUAAUUAUGUAGCGAAGGAUAGCUCCCCGGAAUCUCAAGAAUGGUGGUUGGAUGUGAAGCGGGAAGAAGCUAACACUAAGUUGAUGCUGGCUGUGAUCCAGUGA